AUGGGAGACGAUCACGAGGACCUAGAAUGGGAAUUAGAGGAAGGUAUUCCUCAAUUCGAGGACCCUUUCAUCCAGCAGUACCUCAAAGGACGCGAUGCGUUGAUCCAGGAAGAGCAAAAGCGACGUCACGAUGCAAAUCUGCGCAAAUCGCUUUCGCCAAUCGCCGCCCGGGCGGCAAAGAUUGUUUCACAGAUCCGUACCCAGGAGCAACACGCGGUAUGGACUGCUGGGCUAGAUGAAGCGACUGCCCACCAGUCAGAUGAGAUUCUCUACCCGGGGGUCAUGUUCAACUUAGCGAAAGACCGCAUGGAGAAGACCAAGCUGUGGAAAAUCGUUGAAAGGAUGCCCAAGGGAUCACUUCUCCACGCCCACAUGGACGCCAUGUUCGACAUCGACUUCUUAGUCGACUUGGCAUUCUCCACGCCGGGUAUACACAUCUCGGCACCGAAGCCCUUGAUCACUGAGAAUGACUAUGAAUGGGGAUCGGUUUCAUUCCAAUAUUCUUCACAGCCUCUGGAGGCUUCAGAGAACAAGCCCAGUAUCUGGUCAGAGACAUACGAGGCAUCGUCGUUAAUUUCGAUCCAGAAGGCGGCUUCUGCUUUCCCCAACGGGGGCGAGAAGGGAUUCCGAGAAUGGCUGAGCAGUCGAUGUGUGCUUUUGCCAGAACAUUCAUAUCACCAUUAUCACGGUGUUGAUGCAAUUUGGUCUCACUUUGCCAAGACCUUCCCUGUCAUUGACUCGAUAUUGAUGUACGAGCCCAUUUUCAGAGCUGGUCUACUUCGCAUGCUGGGACAACUUGCCGCGGAUGGCAUCCGAUACGUGGAAUUCCGCUAUGGCUUCAGUAAUAACUACAGAAGGGAGGGAGUCGAUGAGCCCGACGAGGACUUACUCGGGUGGUUCAGUAUGGUAGAAGAGGUGGUGGAGGAGUUCAAGAAGACAGAGGAAGGAAAGAACUUCUACGGCGUUCGCAUCAUCUGGGUUACACUACGCCGCUUUUCCAACAAGGCCAUUGUUGAGACCAUGAAGCAAUGUAUUGCGACAAAGCAGGAAUUCCCCGACAUGAUCUGUGGUUUCGAUCUAGUCGGGCAAGAAGAUCUGGGGAGACCUCUCGCCGACCUUGUUCCCGUGCUAUUCUGGUUCCGAAAGCAAUGUGCCGAGGAAGAAGUAGACAUUCCCUUCUUUUUCCACGCAGGAGAAUGUCUAGGCGAUGGCGAUGAGACAGAUCAGAAUCUCUUCGAUGCUAUCCUCCUUGGCACGCGACGAAUUGGUCAUGGGUUCUCUCUCUUCAAGCAUCCCUUGCUGAUUGAUUUGGUCAAAGAAAAGAAGAUUCUCAUUGAAUGCUGUCCCAUCUCUAAUGAAGUUCUUCGACUUACCAGCUCCAUCAAAGCCCACCCUCUGCCUGCGCUGCUCGCCAGAGGUGUCCCGGUCUCAUUGUGCAAUGAUGACCCUGCUAUCCUCGGACAUGGGAAACAUGGAUUGACACACGAUUUCUGGCAGGUCUUGCAAGGAUUGGAGAACGUGGAUUUGGUCGGUCUCUCGAUGAUGGCGCAGAACUCCAUUAGGUGGAGCUGCUAUGAAGAUCAAUCGCCCGCCGAGUGGAAAGCUGGCAUUCAGAAUGGAGUUAUGGGGAAAGGGCUUAAAUCUGAGCGCUUGCGUGAAUUUGGUUCAGAAUUCGAGAAAUUCUGUGAAUGGAUUGUGCUGGAAUUUGCGGAGUUUGAUGUUGAUGAGGAUUGA